UAGUGAUAACAGCUUUGCCGGUACGUUCAAGUUAUAAAUAGGUUAGAGAACCUUCUAGAGUGUUCGUUCUGAUUCUCCGUUCAGAGCAUUUGAGUUACUGCUUCUAGUUAGUCUUGUGUCUUAGACCUAAUAACUCAGCUCCUACUAUAUCGUUUUAUUUGAUCAGGUUGUAGUAUCAGAAUGGGUUCUAUGGACCGAAAUGCAACCCCAGAAAAUUUUCGUCUGAAAGAAGAAUAUACUCCCAGCAAUAAUGCUGUUGACGUUUCUCCUAAAAAGGAUGGAGGAGUUCUUAAAGAAAUUAUCAGACCAGGAACUUCGGAAGGGACACCUCCUCAAGGGUGCAAAGUGAUUGUUCAUUAUGAAGGAAAGCUUACUGAUGGUACUGUAUUUGAUUCUAGCAAAGAAAGGUCACCUUUUGAAUUCAAUCUUGGAAAAGGGAAUGUUAUAAAAGCUUGGGAUAUUGGUGUAGCAACAAUGCGAAAAGGAGAGAUUGCUAUACUUACAUGUAGGGAAGAUUAUGCAUAUGGUUCAGCUGGAAGUCCACCAAAAAUACCUCCAGGAGCAACAUUAAUUUUUGAGGUGGAAUUGAUUGAUUGGGAACCCGAAAAUUUGUCUGGAAAGAAAGAUAAAGGAAUUCUGAGGUAUCCAAUUAAAGAAGGAAAUGGUUUUGAUUCACCUAAGGAAUCAUCAAAUGUUGAAAUACGGAUAAAAGGCGAACAUGAAGGCAGAAUCUUUGACGAAAGAGAUGUUUCAUUUUGCCUUGGUGAAGGAAUAGAAAGUGACAUUCCACCUGGAGUGGAGAAAGGUCUAGAGAAGUUUAUCAAAGGAGAAACGUCUAGGUUAGAAUUAAAACCACAAUAUGGCUUUGGAGCUAUUGGGCAUGAGAAUUUUGGCAUCCCACCAAAUGCUCAUCUUACGUACACCGUUACAUUAAAAGAUUUUGAUCCUGUUGUUGAUAUAUGGAUGAUGUCCAAUGAACAGAAAUUGGAACAGUCAAAAGUAUUAAAAGAAAAAGGAACAAAAUAUUUCAAGUUGGAAAAAUAUCAACUUGCUCUCAAAAUGUAUCUAAGGAUAGUUGAAAUUUUAGAUUAUAAAAAUGAUUUUCAAGGAGCUGAACAGGCAGAAGCAAAGUCUCUCUUACUAGCUGCUAAUCUAAAUAUAUCAAUGUGUCAGCUCAAGCUGAAAAACUAUUUAGCUGUAAGAAAGGUUUGUGAUAAAAUUCUCGAAGAAGAUAGUCAAAAUGUCAAGGGUCUCUUUAGGCGAGGACAGGCAUAUUUAGGUUUAAAUGAACCUCAAUUGGCUAAAACAGACUUUGAAGCUGUAUUGGCAGCCGAGCCUGAAAACAAGGCUGUACCACCUCAAAUUGCUAUUUGUAAUGCUAAACUGAAGGAAAUACGAUCAAAGGAAAAGAAAAUGUAUGCGAAUAUGUUUGAGAAGUUUGCUCAGAAGGAUCGUGAGAAAGAGGAAGAGGAGAGAAAGAAGCAACCAGAUAUAAUGAAAGGCUGCUUUGGCGAAUGGGGUGCUGAAGAACGAGAACGUGAACCAAGUGACUUUGAAAAAGAAAAUCCUGAUAUUCUGAUACUCGAGGGAUCAGGGGACUUCAAGAAUAUGUAAAGAAAAAAGGAAAUAAAUGACCUAUUCUUUUCUGAUUUGAAUUAUCUCUUUUCAUCUAUCUAUAAAAAAUCAGUGUUAAAUGCUUAGUUACACAAUAGUCAUUACAGCUUUUAUCUGUAUAUAAUGAAAUAAUUGUUUUAUUAUAAUUUUUUAAAAAAUCUUUCAUAAACAUUAUUUAUUAUCUUGUUUAUUUUUGCUCCUUUCUAUU